GCAGUCGUAUUUGGCUGUCUUCUUUCUUUCACAUGGUUUUGUUGCGCCAUUGCAAAUUACGGAAGAAGUGGCGUGUAAUGGUUGAAACCCAACGCAAGCCCUCCUCCGGUGGCUCUAUCCGAAGCUACCCUUUUGAUGGUUGACUCCGUUCCGAUCGUCGCCGGCCGGUGAGAUCUCCAGGAGCUCUUCGUCUUCUUCUCAGCCACACAAACUGGUUCUCUUUUAAUGUUGGAAUUCCCUUUCUUGAAUUUGUGGAAUUACAGUUUCUAGCAUACUCCAGCUCUUGCUGAAAAAAACAGGGAGUAGAAACAAAACGAAGACUGCUUUCAAGCUAUGAGUGUGGAUUCAGAGAAACCUACCUUAAAUGGCAUUGAAAAUCCUUUGAUAUCAGAAGAGCAGCAGGGAAAGAUUAAUGAGGUGAGAAGGGCACUUGGGCCAUUGCCCUCAAAGUUGUCUAUUUAUUGUUCUGAUGCGUCAAUAUCCAGACACUUGAGAGCACGGAGUUGGAAUGUCAAGAAGGCAAUUAAAAUGAUAAAAGAGACCUUGAAAUGGAGAGGGAAAUAUAAGCCAGAAGAGAUUAGAUGGGAUGAGGUUGCCAAGGAGGCAGAAACAGGAAAAAUUUACAGGUCAACUUAUGUAGACAAGCAUGGGAGAACAGUUCUUGUCAUGAGACCAAGUUGCCAGAACUCAAAGUCUGUUAAAGGACAAAUUAGGUACUUGGUAUAUUGCAUGGAGAAUGCUAUAAUGAAUCUGCCACAAAACCAGGAACAGAUGGUCUGGCUGAUUGAUUUCCACGGCUUCAAUUUGUCUAAUAUCUCCAUCAAGGUGACACGGGAAACAGCCAAUGUAUUGCAAGAUCAUUAUCCUGAGAGGCUGGGCCUUGCAGUAUUAUACAAUCCGCCCAAGUUUUUCGAACCAUUCUGGACGGUGGUGAAGCCCUUUUUAGAGCCAAAGACGGUCAACAAAGUGAAGUUUGUUUACUCUGAUGAUCCUACCCAGAAAAUACUGGAGGACCUGUUCGACAUGGACCAGCUUGAGUCUUCAUUUGGUGGCAAAGAUAUGACAGGUUUUGACAUCAAUAAAUAUGCCGAGAGGAUGAAAGAAGAUGACAAGAGGAUACCAUCUUUUUGGGCAGAAGGGAAUGUUGGUGAGGCAGCCCAUCAGCCAGCCCUCACAAUCGCCAGCAGUUCGAACCCUAUGAUGUCCGACUCUGAUUCUGACACCUUGGAUGAGAAAGAAGAUAAGGUUUCAUCUCAUGAGGGUGAUUCAGAAGAAGUCUACCCGGAUGAUAAUUUGCCGGUGACAAACGGUAGCAGUAAUGCCCCUGCUGAAGUGUAGUUGGAAGGGAUGACAAACAAAACUCAAAUUUAGUAAUAUGAAUUGUUAACUGACACAAAUGGACUAAACCUUCCCAACUUUCUAACCUUUGGAAGUUGCAAGCCAUCCCCACAAUUGUUUGGUGGCUUUCUGAACUCUUAUUUGUGUGAUAAAAAGGCAUGGUAAACCCUAAUUUCAUGGCCUUGAAACAUUCUCAAA